AUGAAACUUCUGCUCCUGGUCCUCCUCGGCACCUGCUGUCUCACCACAUCCAUUGUGUACGGUGUGGGGAGUGAAGUUCCAGAAAAGAGUAUCUGUGUCAGUCUGACUACCCAGCCACUGCCAGUGAACAGGAUCAGGACCUACACCAUCAAGGAGGGCCCCAUGAAAGCAGUAAUUUUUAUUACCAAACGUGGCCUAAAAGUCUGUGCUGAUCCACAAGCCAAGUGGGUGAAAGCAGCAAUCAAAAAUGUGGAUAGCAAGCCCAACACCAGAAGGAGCACCACCCAGACCCAGCCUACAGGAACCCAACAGUCCACCAGGAGAGCUGUGACCCUGACUGCAUAG